AAUUAAUGAACUCGUCCGCCGACAGAUUGACCAUCUCAAAGAACAGAUUAGGGUUUGCAGGGAGCUGCUGAUGCUGAGGUAGAAGAUGGGGAUGAAGAUGGCAGUACCUUUACGUCAUGCAGGAUCAGCGAUGGAGGGGUUUGCUUGGAAUUGGGCGCACCGUAUGCCGAUCGAGAAUUGGGCGCGCAGCUGGAUCCAUGGGCCCUACCCCAAGCAACUACCACCGCCCAAUUGGUUGACGCCCAAAGAGAUGCAGUCCUACAAAGAUAAGUUGGUGAAAAGCCAGGGCUUCGAUGUUGAUCACUUCCCUCAUGCCAAAGGCCACCUAGUUCGACCGGCUCCACCUGGACUAUUCGACCCUGCUCACUACGACCAUCUUCUUCAGCUUGCUGUUGCUAAUUACACUGCCUCCGAGUGCACGUUGAUAUGCAAUCCCCGACUUGUGAAGUCGAAUUACGAGGCGUGCGGCAUUGGUGAUAUUCACUAUAUUACAUUCGAGGCACUGGACUGUGCUGCCGGUUUUGCUAAAGAGUAUGAGGCUCGUGUGUUCGAUUCUCAAUUCGGAGAAUCAUUCUGCCACUUUUGCAGGGUCAAAGGUUCAAAGAAGAUUCCUCCGAUGCCUCGUGGUGUCUCUGCCCCUUCUCGCCCCAAGAUUGUGGAUUAUAACCCGACGGACUGGUUUUCCUAUAGAACCAUAGGAGGAGGAUUAUAUUUAUAUUUCCGGUUUGCUUACUGGUUCUGUGCAUGGGAAGGUAGGAAAUUGGAAGUCAUGCUAAACGUGAAGAAGCUGAGCUUUGACUGCACAACUAAUAGCUAGGUAGGUAGCUGUUCUGGGGUUAGCUUGGUCCCGAGAUGAGGAAUGAUGUAGUAGAAAUGGAAGUCCAUCGACUUUAAUUAGACAUAUUACUUAUAUCCUGUUCAAUGUAAUUAAGCAACGGUUAGCUAAUGACGUGUGCGUUCCUCUUCUGGGUGGAAGGUUUCGAUUUUCUAUUCCAUCUCUAAUUAUAGUUCCGGUUGGUAUAUGUAUGUA